AUGAAGUUGAUUGUUAUGGGUUUGGGAUUACUGCAUUUGGCGGUAGCAAUGCCUGCCAUAACUCUCCAAGAUCUGGAGAUGGUCGACGACACCAUGUCAGUGGGAACAAUCGUUCGGGAAACUAGAGCUGCACCCCCUGAUAACUUCCACAAAACGUAUGAAAGCGAAGGCGAUGGUGAAAUUGGUUACUCGCGCAAGAAGACCGGCGGUGGUAAGAAAGGCUACCAGCACUUUGAUUCCUACCACAAGAAGGGGGGAGACAACUACGAACUCGAGACUCAAGACUCGUUUGGACAUGAUGACGAAGGGCAUGACGGCGCUCACAGUCAUCCGCAAAAGAAAACAGAACGAUAUCGCGAGGCAGAGUCAGGCGACGAGGAAGAAAGGGGAAAAGCCGAAAAGACAGACAAGGACCAUGAAGAAUUAAGAGAGGGCGCUGCUGAUGGAAACGGUGGAGUAGAGUCGUAUGGCCACGAUCCCGCUGACUACGUUCUUCCCGAAAAGUACACUUACGGUACCGGCGACGAAUAUAACUUCUAA